UUAUAGUGCAACAAAGAGAUGCAAAGUGCUCUCCUGUGGGAUAGAUAAAUUAGCUAGGAGAUUGCGCAAACAAGCGCUGCUUGAGCAGGGAGUGGGCCAGUAGGACCCGUAUGAGACAUUCGCACGAAGAAUAUGGAUGCUUAAUGACGUCGCAGUUUUUUUUGGGUGUGUCUAGUGCUACUGUCCGCAGGGGGCGGGCCGGGACUAGUAAUAACGUCCAAUAAAAAAGGGACGGGCGAAGCUAGCCAAUGGCAUUUGUGAAAUAACUUAGGCAGUGCCAAAGAGCAGAUAAACAGUGCAAGGUCUCCCGGAAGAAGUGCAGAGGCUCCUGGGGAAGAAGGUGUGACAGAAAGCCUCUUUGAAGUGAAAAACAUGUGGAAUCCAAACGUUCCAGGGCAACCAGGUGCAGCAUAUCCCCCAAAUUCAGGAUACCCACCUGGAACUAACCCAUCGUACCCUCCUGGUACAAUGCCUCCUGGUACAUACCCUGGCCAGCCUGCAUACCCUCCUGGACAGUCAGUUUACCCUCCUGGACAGUCGGUUUACCCUCCUGGACAGCCAGCUUACCCUCCUGGGCAGACAGUGUACCCUCCAGGGCAGCCUGCAUAUCCUGGGCCUCAUCCAGUUCACCCUGGACACCAGCCUGUUUACCCACCACAUUCUGGACCAUGCCCCCCUGGUAUGCCAGGAUAUCCAGCAAUGCCCGGAGGACCAUUCAUACCUGGCCACCCUAUGGAUAAGAAGAUGAAGAAGAAGAUGAAGAAGGCACAUAAGGCACAUAAAUCCCACAAGCAUUCACAUGGAAGGAGAUCAUCAUCAUCAUCUUCCUCUAGCAGUGACUAAUAAUGCAGUGAAGUCCCUCCGGCAGAACUGUAUGUAUAUGUCCCAGUGCAAGGCAGCAUGAGCAACAUCAUAGGAGCAGAGAUCAGCAUUUGUUGCUGCCAAGAAACCAAAGAAUGAUUCCUGAGUAUCCCUGCAAGCCUUCAAGAGCAAUGCUACUUACUCCCAUGGAUGCACUGUCUGUUUUAUUUUCUUAACUUCUAUAAAUAAAGGAUUAAUUUACUAUUUUA